AUGCCCCAUCUAGCUCUGGAGCAUUUCAACCGCUCAAAAACCGUACCGAAACCAGUAAGACCACCACACCUUGAUGCAAAAAGCAUCGCAAUUUUGAUCGCUCCGUCUGACCGGGAGUGCCUGGUUCGCAAGACAACGAUUCUUCGGCCCACGCGGCCACCACCACCACCACCUCCAGCAGCUUGUGCCCGAACCGCGUUGCAUCAAGCUAUGCCACAAAUUCACACCAUUUCCUGCUCGUCACUCCUAAAGCAACCGCCCCCGCUACCAGUGAAACCGCAGAGCCCACUGCUGGAGGCACCUGGCACUAGUGAUGAUAUCUACGAGUUACCCAAUACUGUGCGAAAAAGGUAG